UUAUGGUGCGUUACUAUGAGUGCUAGUGACAAAAUCUGUAAACGACUCGGUAGACAGAAAAACAGUGUCAUAGACAUAUAGUAAAUGUUUUGUUAUAUUAUUAUGAGUUUUUUAUCAUGACGGUAAAAAGAAUUGAAGUGCUUAUUUAAUAUAAGAAGACGAUGAAGUUUACAAUUAUGUGGACCUAAGUUUUAUGUUGUGUUUAGAUUUUUCAAACCUUUCCAAGCUUUGGAUGUCAUCCAGAGGAUUUUUUAAUAAGCUGAAACUAAUGAGACUGCCAGAGGUUGCUGAUAGCUGUGAAGGAGGAAUGCUGUGAUCUCUAACACAGGGAGCGCACGCCGUCGCCGUGAUGAGCAUAACCCGCAAAUAUGCGUCGGCGGCCAUUUUAAACGGGCAACGGACACGUUUGUCGGCACGAGAUGGCCGUCAGAGGUGCCAAAGCAUACAGCCCAGCGCACCCACGCGUACUCACCCCCCCUCGCCACUAUGAAAUGUGGAAGCACGGCAAGUGGAGACAGAAAUCACCACCAAGGACAAACUCAGCCAUUAGAGUCCCGAGAUAGAGAUUGUACAGUGAACAUUUAGAGGCCUAAGUGUUAUUGUGUUGUGUAAAUAUAGUGUCUAAAUUUGAAAUGGCGGGCGAGGGACGCGGGUCGCGUGCCCAGCUGUUGGAGUGCGGCGACUAUAUGCAUCCUCAUAAAACUGCUACACCGCGCUGCUGUUUAUGGCUAGCCAGCCAUAUCAAUGUUAGGAAGUGUGUAGCCGGCGUUAUGCUGCUAUCAAUACUCACAAUAUUUUUCUAUACGUACUAUGUAACGGCACCGAUAACAAGUUUAGUGUGGCGCGAUCGUGUACCGCGACCAUUGUCACAAUGCUCGCUACUGGCGUCUCAGCAACAGACAGCGCGCGACCAUCGCUCAGACGCUCGACUCCGCAUAGACGCUAAAGUCCUAGUUAUAGCGGAGUCCCUGUAUUCUAGACUUGGACGAGACAUAGCCGAACUGCUUGUCGCUAAUCGAAUUAGGUACAAAGUAGAAGUAGCUGGUAAGAGUCUGCCAGUGCUUACCACUUUAGAUAAGGGCCGUUAUGGAGUUAUCGUGUUCGAGUCGCUAUCGAAAUACGCGAACAUGGAUAAAUGGAAUCGUGAACUUCUCGAUAAAUACUGUCGAGAAUACUCAGUUGGGGUCGUCGCUUUCGCAACACCGGGGGAGGAAAGCCUUGUUGGCGCUCAGCUGAGAGGAUUUCCACUCUUCAUGCAUACCAAUCUGAGGCUUAAGGAUGCAGCCCUUAAUCCAGCAUCACCUGUACUCCGACUUGCCCGAGCUGGUGAGACGGCCUGGGGUCCUCUACCAGGCGAUCAUUGGACCGUCUUCAGAGCCAAUUCCUCAACAUACGAACCAGUAGCAUGGGCUCUAAGACAGAACGAGUACGGUUCCAACGAGGAACGUCUCCCUUUAGCGACUGUAGUUCAGGAUCAUGGUCGUUUGGACGGAGUACAGAGAGUGCUGUUUGGGUCUGGGCUUCAGUUUUGGCUUCAUAGGAUACUGUUCUUGGAUGCUCUGAGCUACCUCAGCCACGGGCAGCUCAGCCUCAGCUUGGACAGAUGGAUACUCGUGGAUAUAGACGACAUCUUCGUAGGAGAAAGAGGUACACGUCUCCACGUAGAGGAUGUGUCAGCGUUACUGGCGUCUCAGACAGCCUUACAACGACUUGUCCCAGGCUUCAGGUUUAACCUUGGCUUUAGUGCCAAAUAUUAUCACCACGGAACGCUACUAGAAAAUUUGGGCGAUGACGCGCUCUUAAAGAAUAGAGAGCACUUUAACUGGUUCUGUCAUAUGUGGAAUCACCAACAGCCUCAUUUGUACAACAAUGUGUCCCAACUCGAAGCCGAGAUGACGUUGAACAAGCAAUUUGCUCUGGAGCACGGUAUUCCAACUAAUUCGUGUUAUUCGGUGUCGCCUCACCAUUCUGGAGUGUAUCCUGUCCACGAGCCAUUGUAUGAAGCUUGGAGGAAAGUGUGGGAUGUCAAGGUCACCAGUACUGAAGAAUAUCCUCAUCUACGACCAGCUAGAUUGCGCCGCGGUUUCCGUCACCGCGGUGUUAUGGUCCUACCACGUCAAACCUGUGGUCUUUUCACACAUACUCUACUUCUGGAGCGGUAUCCAGGAGGCAGGCAGCGUCUCGACCGCUCCAUACAGGGCGGGGAGUUGUUCCAGACAGUUAUUAACAACCCGAUAAACGUGUUCAUGACUCAUAUGUCAAACUACGGGAACGAUCGUCUCGCGUUGUACACGUUUGAAUCCGUCGUUAAGUUUCUGAGAUGCUGGACGAAUGUGCGUCUAGCCUCGGCGCCACCACUGUCACUAGCCGAAAAAUAUUUCCAACUGAGACCAGACGAACUGAACCCACUAUGGGGGAACCCAUGUGACGACAUCCGUCAUAGAAAAAUCUGGUCGAAAUCAAAAUGGUGCGAGACAUUACCUAAGGUUUUGGUAAUAGGUCCCCAGAAGACGGGGAGCACAGCCCUAUAUACUUUCCUCGCGAUGCAUCCAGCACUGGUGCCGAAUCUUCCCAGUCCAACCACGUACGAAGAAUUACAGUUCUUCAACAAUAACAAUUACCUCAAAGGAUUAGAUUGGUACUUAAAUUUCUUCCCUCCGAGCCAAAACAACGGCACUCAGAUAACUUUUGAGAAGUCAGCAACUUACUUCGACGGGGAUUUGGUACCACGGCGCGCCCACGCUCUGCUUCCAAACGCCAAGAUAAUUGCCAUACUUAUAUCGCCCUCUAAAAGGGCGUAUUCGUGGUACCAACACAUCCGUUCUCAUGGGGAUCCCGUAGCUAACAACUACACCUUCCACACAAUCAUCACAGCGAACGACUCAGCAGCGAAGCCGUUAAGAGACCUCAGGAACCGUUGUCUGAACCCUGGGAAGUACAGCCACUACCUGGAGCGUUGGCUGGUGGAGUACAGCGCUCAUCAGAUUCACGUGAUGGACGGGUCACUGCUAAGAUCUGAACCAGCUACAGCAAUGCAUGGACUUCAAAAGUUCCUUAAGAUACAACACGUCGACUACGACAAGCUAUUGAAAUACGAUCCCAAAAAAGGUUUCUUCUGUCAGGCCGUCAGCAACGAGAAGACGAAGUGCCUGGGCAAGUCCAAAGGCAGAAUAUAUCCGCCUAUGGAGGAGAGGUCGGCUAAAUUCUUGAGGCGGUACUACACGCCUCACAACACGGCGUUGUCCAAACUGCUGGUCAGACUCGGCCGCCCAGUGCCGCAGUGGCUCAAGGACGAACUGACGAACGGAUAACAUUACUUUCAACCUAAAAGGUUGAAACGAAACAGGAAAAUGACUCACGGUUUGAUUAAAGUAUGUGUGAUGUAGUGUCGUGUAACCGAGUUUUAAACUCGGCCUAGAUACGUAAUUGUUUUUCGAAAUGUCUAUGUGAAGUGUACUGUUGAAUAUCUUUGUGCGAGGACCUUUGUAAUAUAAACUUUGAGAAUAUUAAAAAAAUGUAUUUCGUCACUGUAUGAAGUAUAUUUUUUUGUUUUUUUUUUUGUUUUAUAUGUAAUUUUUUUGGUGUAGUUUGUAAAAUUGUUUUAGAAUAAUUCGAUUGUCAUAUUUCGAUGUAAUAGAUUUCUGCUUGCCGAUGUUUUAUUUAACUUAGCCAUUAAAAUGCCGAUGUCAUCGGAUUAGGUGCUAUCGUUAUGUUUUUGUGAGACGUAUAGCGAGAAUCCCUUAGGAAACUGGCCGUUUUUUUAAUAAUUAUAAACAAUAUAUGAAUAUUACUUGAAUAUGAGCUUGCAUUAUAAUGAAUUGUUUUUAGGAGCUGACAGAUUCAUCUCAUUCCAAGGGACGGUGAACGCUUACUUAGUAUUUCUACAUACACGUACCUGAUGCAAUUAUAAAUACAGUUAUAGAUAAUUUAGACUGUCUAAUGUAGAAGAGGUUCUUAUUAUUUCCCUCGGUGCCAUCACUACCGAACAAUACAUUUAUUAUUAAUAAUGAAAUUCAAUAAAAACGAAACAGGAAUUUCUGUCAUGACGUCAUUUCCGUCGCGUUAAUUUAAUGUAUUAACAUAUAAAUACAUAUGGGAUGAAUUUCAUAUAUAAUUUCUAUAUAAUCGCACGAACACCUCACUUAUAUUUUUACAGUCUACUCAACGAUCAAUUACGAACAAACUAGUCCUACAAUUAAGUCCUUAUAUAAUUAAAACGAACACUUCAAUGUUUUAUCCUAAUUUACUCGGUAUAGAUACAAUUGCACUGCUAUCCAAUAUCAUUUAUCCCUUUCUAAAAUCUAACAAAAGAUAAGGAUGUACUGCGUCUAGAAUAUUCUACAUUUUAUUAACAUUAGGUGUCUAAUGCUAUAAAGAGAACUGACGUCACAGUGAAUCUUAAAUGUAUUCGGAAUAUAUUUUGAUACGCAUGAGUUUAUUGGCAGAGGUUUAUGGUCUGACGAUUGUUAACAAUUAUUUACUAUAACGUAAUAGUUGGUACUUAACUUCCCUUGUAAUAAAAUAAAAAAAAAAAAACUCGUCUACGCCUGAACAUAGAUAAUAUAAAAUAUAUUAUAAAUAUAUUAUAAUCGAAAUAUAAUGUAAAUUAUUGAAUGUUUUUUAUAAUUAUGUAUUAUUGAUUAUAAAUAUAUUUUUUUCCGUUUUUUCAACAAAGCUUUAUAGAUUAGAGUUUUAUGUCUACACUUCCGAUGUUUUCUAUGGAUUGUGAAGUGGUGUGUUACGUAGGUAUGGCCUUGAAAUUGUAUAAUUCUAUUCGGCAUUCAUAGUUGUAUAAUUGUUAUAUAUAUAAUUUAAAUUUUUAUUUAUAUACAUACAUACGAGGAUUUGUUUAUUGAGCUCCUACUUUUUUAAUGUAAGCAUCGUUCAUUGAUUGUUCUUAUUGUAUUUGAGGGUAACAUUUCUUACGUAAUACAUUUUUUCUUUGCGUUAUAGAAAUUCAAUGAGCUCGUUAAAAUUCCUUGACGUCGCAAUCGGGUUUUAAGAAAUCUCAUUUAAUAAAGGCUUUUACUUAUUCCUGUAUUAUUUCUUCAAAGGCAAAUGACUGUUCUUAAAAAUGUGUUCUGAGUAAGAAAGUAAUACAUCACUUAUUUUAUUAAAUGAUUUAAAUAUC